AUGGACCUGGACUCGGAUAGCAGCGCCUCGCCGCGCAGAAGCCCCUCCCCCCUGCCCUCGGACAUUAGCCCCGCCCCCCAGAUACUGGAACCUGAUUCGCUGUCGAUGAUGGAGGGGGCGUGUCUUACCAAAGUGGAGCUCCGCGUCUCGUGCAAAGGAAUCAGUGACCGAGAAGAUGGCGGGAAACCAGAGACAUGUGUGGUCCUCAACAUAUGGUCCCAGGGCCAGUGGGACCAGGUGAGACCAGAGUCCAGAGCGAGACCAGAGACCAUAAAGUGA